UCGUCCAGUGCAAACGUGAUAGGUGGUAGACGAUAAGAACUAAGAUAUUACUAAAUUGUGAAAAUAUUUGUUAAUUCAAAAGCAAACUAGAGAGUGUAUUGUACAUCGCACCCCUUGUACCUCUUGACUAUUUUUCGACAAAAAUAAGUUUUCCUUUUUCAACAUUAUACUCGUAUGUAUUAAUCUAUCUACAAAAAGCGAAAAAAGCAGUUAAAAGAUUUUAAAAAACUUCGAGCUGUUAAAAAAUUGAUUUUUUUUGAUUUUUAUUAAAAAUUUUUUUAAAAUGAUGAAAAACGUUAUAUGGAAAAAUCGACUUGAAAGCAGAAGAAUAUCACCGAAAUACUCGUCCAUAAUUUUCUUGUUAAUUAUGAUAACUUGGACUCCAAGUCAAGCCUCUGCCAACCCUGUGAACUCCGCAACUAAAUCGGAGAGCGAUAUUGCAAAAAAACAUUUUGAUGAAGUUGGCGAUUUAAACGACAACUUACAAUCGGAUAAAGAAAAUACAAAUAAUACGGAUUUGCCUUUUUCUCAUCGUGAUGAGGUCCAAGAGAAGGAAGGCAUCAUUCUUAAUGCAGAUAACAUUUUAAAAUAUGAUGUUGAAAUAAUUGAAUCGCGUGAUAUAAAAAAAGAGAAUUUAGAAAUAGAGGAGCGAUUCAAGGGUCCUGCUCUCGAAAUGAAUACGAAUACUUUUGUAUCGGAAAAUAUUGAACUCAAUAGCGGAACUGUAGACUACAGCGCAAUGAAAGACAGUCAUGUGGUGUUGACUGUUAUCCUAGUAUUGGUUGCAUUGGUCUCGAUCAGUUUAUAUGUUUUCUUAGUGAUUUGGCGUUCACAUUUGGAAGAACGUUACGGUAUGCGGGAACUACUCGUGGUGAACACUGAUGAGGAUGUCUAUCAGUCCAGUAACAUGGCCUGUAACACUAGCACAAUUGAUGAAAACAUCUCAAAUAUACGCCAUCUCACUUUUAUCCGCACAUGAACCACAACAACAACUACACCUGCAGCAACUACUAAUUUGUUAUUAAAAUGAAGUGCAAAUUUUCCAGCUUUGUUAUUGCAAUUAAAAAUUCUAUUCGGAAAACUCGUAAUGCCGUAAACUGAACUUUCGCGGUACUUUUUAAGUUGCAUGUGCGGAAUAAUCAGAACAUUUUUGUAUUUUAAUAUUUUAAAUAAUUUAAUUUAAAACUCGAACAAUUGAAAAAUUGCAAAUGAAUUGCAUUAUUGAAAUAGUCAUAUUGGAAAGUCCACCAUCACAGACCUCACACAUUAAUUCCGAAUCGUUUAGUGUCAUCGAUUGUUGUUAUUUUGAAACGUAAGCCUCAUUUGUAACAAAAUAGAAUGUAAAAUGUAUUAAGAAUUUUUUUAAGUAAACUAACUACUGUUGUUAUUAGUGUUUUCAAACAGGAAAACCACUUUGAAAGUAUGAGAACGCUAUAGUUUUAAGCUGUGAUAUUGAAAUAGAAA